UGCUACCCGUCUCGCACUUCGCGCUCGUAAAAACAAGAUGGCGGCAAAUCUUGAAUUUCGUGUUAGUUUCGAGUCUGUCUCUCUUUCUCGUGGAUCAUUCGCUUGUUUGGUGCUGGCUGUCGUGUAUGUCAUCAGUUUAUACAUAAAGAAGUCUCCUCUUCCUAGGAAUCAUUCCAAGACAGUUAAGCAGAGGUUCCGCAGAGUAGCUUUUGUGUCGCUUCUCUCGCCGUUUUAUGUGUGGAUGUGGUCAGAUCCUGUACCAGGAACCGAGGUUCAUUCAUUGUGGACAUUUCUUGGGCUGCAUAUGAACAACAUCAUCUUUGCAACAUUUCUUCCUCUGCUUCUAACGAUGAUUUUAUUUCUAGGUCCUCUAGCUCUAGCCUUCUCUUUGGGUACUCUGUGCCACGCAGAAGACAAUUUGAAAACCCCUUCAAGUUGGAUGGACAUCAAAACACUACGAAAUUAUGUUGUGGCUCCUUUAACAGAGGAGUUUGUGUACAGAGCUUGCAUGCUUCCGCUGCUGGUCCCUAGCUAUGGUGUAAAUUUGUCAGUUUUUGUAUGCCCUCUUCUCUUUGGUGUUGCUCAUGUUCAUCAUGCUAUUGAAAAGCUCGAAGCCAACGUGGAGAAGCCAAAAUCCAUUUUGAUGGAAACCUUGUUUCAGUCUUUCUAUACAACAGUGUUCGGAGCCUACUCUGCAUUCUUGUUUCUCAGAACAGGUCAUCUGUCAGGUCCUGUUAUUUGUCAUAGUUUUUGUAAUUACAUGGGAUUCCCUGCCUUUGAGGAGAUUCCACGCUCUAAACACCCCAUUGCUAUCGCCGCACUCUUUGUCAUCGGUCUGGUGCUGUUCCUACUUCUCCUCGAGCCGCUGACACGCCCAACUCUUUAUCAAUCUAUUUAUUACAGUUAAACUGACCUUAUUUAUAUCACAUCACGACUGAACAGAAUUGGAAUUUGAUAUCAAAUAGAUACAUUUAUAUCGAGAUAAUUUAUGGACAUUUCAUCUCUUUUGAAAUUUUAGUAAAUAAAGUAUUUUUAAAGGA